ACAGCAGGCUAGUGACGGAACGGCGCUUUCGUAGGCAUGUUAGUGGUUCACAGGAUACGUAGUCGCCGUUCACCAUUAGACCAAACCCUGACUUGAACGUCUCACGUCCCUGUGCUAUUCCUGGCGGACGAUGUCCCGAGCCGUAGCAGCACAUCAUGAAGAUUUUGGUGGAGCCUCACGUGCAUUAAGAUGGGUGCAUGUGCACUUUUUUAUCUCGUUAAACUUUGAUUCACAUGACGUCUAUUCAAGUACUAAUGCCUCCAAUCGUAUCUAUUGCAUAUGCCGAUGA